AUUAUGCAAUUGCGCAUUGAAUUGCUUUGCUUCAACUUUUUAAACACCCACAAAAACUGAAAAAUAAAGCCAACAAAAACUUGCUCUCCUUCUGCAGAUAUUAACUAUUUCAAACCUCUUCUUGAUGCCGCGUCCAGCAUACCAAGAAUAAGCGCUCUGAAGUCAGUAUAUAUACAUAUAUAGUUAAAGAUGCAAAUCCUUAGUAAUCAUAUCAUGCAGCCAUCGCGGCUUGUUACAGGUUUCAAACCUCGUGUUCAUCAUCACCAGAAAGACAAGGUAGUGUUCGUACUAGGUGCUACCGGAACCGGGAAGUCCCGGCUUUCCAUUGACCUGGCAAACCGUUUUUUCCCAGCUGAAAUCAUAAACUCUGAUAAAAUUCAAGCAUAUCAAGGCCUUGACAUUGUCACAAACAAGAUCACAAAAGAAGAGCAACGUGGUGUCCCACACCAUUUACUCGGGAUUGCGGAUCCCAAUGCAAAUUUUACGGUAACGGAUUUCUGUGAGAUGACAUUGGUCGCAGUUGAAUCAAUCUCACGCCAUAAUAGCCUCCCAAUCAUCGCUGGCGGCUCUAAUUCCUACAUGGAACGUUUGAUCGAAGAUAACAACUACAAUUUCAAAUCCAAGUACGAUUGCUGUUUCCUCUGGGUCGAUGUUUCUAUGCCCGUUCUCCAUUCCUUCCUACAUUCUCGGGUCGACGAGAUGAUCCGAAAUGGGAUGGUCGAUGAGGUCAGGAGCUUCUUCGAUCCCAACGCCGACUAUUCCACAGGUAUUAGGAAAGCGAUUGGUGUUCAGGAAUUCGACGACUUGCUUCGAAAUGAACCCUUUUUGGAUGACAAUUCUAAGGCUCGUUUGCUCCAACAAGCUAUUGACGAAAUCAAGGCCAACAACUGUACGUUAGCAAGACGGCAAUUGGAGAAAAUCCGACGGCUUAGAAUGAUAAAGGGGUGGAAUCUACUCCGUUUAGAUGCUACGGAUGUGUUCCGAAAGCGAGGGAAAGAUGCCAAUCAGGCAUGGGAAAAGCUUGUGGUGAACCCUAGUGAGGCCAUUGUUCGUCGAUUCCUUUACGGUCUUAAGGCCACCGAUGUGCCUUCCAGUAUCCCGGCCAUUCCUGCUCCGACACGUGGACCAGCUGUGGCAGCUGCGUCUCUUUGAAUUAUUUUCACACCACUUUACUUGGGAAUUUUAUUUUCACUAUGAUGGGAAAGAAGCCAAUCGGCAUGGGAAAUGCUCGUGGUCGACCCUAGUUCGUCAAUUCGUUUUCGGUCUUAAAGGCCCCUGAUGUCCGAGCCAUUGCUGUGCCGACACGUGUCUCACUGAAUUAUUUUCACCACCUUAUUUAGGAAUUUUAUUUGUCCAUUAAAUUUAUUUAUUAAAUAAUAUAUUAAAGAUCGAAAAUUUUAUGGUGAGGACGGUUCGCAUGAGAAUCACAGUGUUAGUAACAGUUUUUUAUAGUAUUAACGAUCGAUUUCUUAGAAAAUCAUCACCAAUACUAUGAAAAACCAUCACCAAUACUAUGGUCCGUAUAAGGACCGUCCGCAUCAUAGAUGGACUGUAUUAAAGAUAUUAUUAAAUGAUAAAUUUAUAUUAGUUAAUAUAAAAAAUAAAUUUUUAGUCAAAUAAAUAAAUUAAAAAAUAAUUAAAUAACAUUAUAUUAUUUAUAAAUAAAUUUGAUGGACAGUAGAUAAAUGUAGUGUAAUUAUUUUUGUAAGAUUUGCCGUUUGGCAGGGGGAUUUGCGGGAAAAUUUUUGCUAUCAGUUUUUGUGUAAUAAAAAAAAAA